GUCUGGAUGCACCUGCCACAUGUGUAAAUGAUGCACCUGACCAGUUUGCCAGUUUGCCAGCUUCACUUCGCCGUGCGAUGCUCCUUGGACUUACACUCGUCUCACUGGCGGAUGCCUUGGACUUGGGGGAAGCGGCACGGAGACUCGAAGGCUGCGCCCAGCUGCUCCUGGAGACGCGCGAUGGCGGGCGGCACGAGGAGCUGAUGGCUUGCCGGGUGCCUUUGCUGGGCUCCUUGCACGAGGAUCAGAUCCCAGGCUAUUCCUACAAUGCCACGGAGGACUGUGACUUCUGGGCGAGCUAUGCUGCUAGAGAUCGACAUGUCGAAGGUAGCAGCAUACUGGAUUUCAUGCGUUUGGCUGCGUACCGGUAUGCUCCCUUCGACCCCCCGUUGCGGCCGAAUGGCACAGCGCUCUACAUCGGCGCCCAUCGUGGUGGAGAAGAUGGUUUGGAGUUUCACCGCAGGGGCGUUGCAUUGCAGAUGCACCUCUUUGAGCCCUCUCCGACCUUCUUCCGGAGCUUGGUCAGAUCUUUGCACGGAGUGCCGGGCUUCACGCUGCACAACUAUGGCCUGGGCGCGAAAACGCGCCGCGCCUUUCUGCGUGUGCGUGGCACGGCCUCCCGGGUGGUGGAGGGCUCCGAAGAGGACACCGAGGCGGUGCUGAUCCGCUCCACGGCCGAGGCGAUCCCGGAGGUCCUGGCGCAAAGCCGGCAGAGCUCGGUGGAGUUACUUCACGUGAAUUGUGAAGGCUGCGAGUACGACGUGGUACAAGGCUUGGGAGACACUGGGCAACUGGCCCGGAUUUCGCAAGUCCAGCUGGCUACGCAUUUGAUGGACUACGAGGGCCCUUCCGCCGACUUCCACGAAGCGGUCUCCUUAUCUUUGCAAGUCUCGGUCAAACGAUACUGCGCCAUGCAUCGGACCUUGUCCCAGACCCAUGAGCGAGCCUGGGGCCUGCCCUGGGUCUGGGAGCGUUGGACCAAGCGGAACAAGCGCGAAGAGCUCACCGCGACCGCGAAGAGCUCACCGCGAGCCUUUCUGGUCAAGUGGGGUCAGCGGCCAAAGCCUGGUGAAGUGAAUCGGCUUCCGGUCUUUCGUCUACGAGAUGUCCCUAUGGCACCCAUAGAAGGUGGCAGCCAGGCCAUGGUCGAUUGGGGAAGAGCAAUGGCGGGUCCAAUGACUGGUGGCUAUUCAGUGGGCUUUCAACUGACUCCACUGGGUCCCGAUGGCGAUUUGACAGCUCAUGACUUUAAGGGCGGGCCACACCCGGUCGAGAAGGACCCAAUUUUCAACCUCUGUACCGAAAACCGUGAGAAGGGAAACAAGUUGGUGCAAGAGGGUAAGUUUGAAGAAGCAAUCGCCCGAUAUUCGGAGAUGAUCAUGCAGUCUCGUGCGCUUGAAGGAGAACAGGAUGUGCAGUGGACGGAUGAAGGUAGAGAUUCUGUUCGACAGUUACGAGCAGCUGCCUAUCUGAACCUGUCCCUAUGCUUUCUCAAGUUGAAACAGUGGCAGCAUUGCGUGAACACCGCCACACGAGCUCUGCAGGGAGACAAGGAUCCUCCAGAUCCGAAGGAGAAUGUGCUGCCACCGGAGAAGAAGGCGAAAGCCUUGUUCCGACGCGCACUUGCUCAAAAAGAUGGCUUUGAGAAGCUGGAUGAGGCCGUGAAGGACCUUAAGACAGCUUUGGAGUAUGUGCCAGAGGACAAAUCAAUCCAACAAGAGCUUCAACGAGUCAAUCAGGCUUUGUUGAAAGAAAAGAAGAAGGCAGACAAGAAGCUGAGCGGAUUCUUGUCCGACAGCAAGACGGUGAAGUCUGGCGAGGGCAUUUUCAGCGAGAGUGACCGCCAGAGAGAUACCUCGGGGCCGGAGCUGCCAGCCGAUCCUGUGAAAGUGAGGGAUGGCCUUUGGCUGGUGCCCAAAGAUGAAGAUCAGGAUGCCAAGGAAGCCGUUGAGGCGGGCAUUGAUCUGGAUGAACUGGGUCGCGAGAUCAAUGAGCUCAGAGAAGAUAAGCCUGAAGUCUUCAGCGAGCUGAGAGAAAAGAUGAAGACCAUGAUUGAGGAGGAGGCCGCCAAGCAAGAAACAGAGGAGGUGAAGGCUGAAGUGCCACGUUUGCACAACCGGUAUGCAGGAGAUGUACUGUACCGUUUUCAUCAACCAUUUUCGCUCUUGGAUCUUGCAGAGCUCAUUGGCGCAUUGUUAGCCUCGUUUCACCAAAGAUGGGCAGACCACGCCGAAUCUCGACGGGUGGAUGAAGCACCGCCCAGCAAGAGCACUUCUCUGCAAGCAGAGAAGUUGGACAGAGAGACAGCCUUGCGUUGGCGACAGAACACCGGCAGCGUUCAGCUCUUUUGGCCUCUGGAGAAAGCUUUGGAAAGCUUGGACGAAGCUGACUUCGAGGUGCGCGUGUGCCCAUGUGAGUUGGCGGUCCGAUGCUUAAAGGGCCCCCGGAAGAGCGAGGUCUUGGGCGGCAUCAGUGGACGACUCAGCCUGGAGGUUGACCCAAACCAGUGCUGGUUUGCGCUGGAGCGCGAUGUCCGGGAUCCAAAGCGACGGCAGAGACACCUGCUGAUCGAGUUGGCGAAAAAGAUCCCUGGCAAAGCUUGGACUGAAAAGCACAUCUUCAAGGAUCACAACGACAUCUUCCAGCGGAGGCCCUUCGCAUGGACUCCGGCGCAGGAGAAGGAGCAAGGCGACGGCUGGAGGACCCUGAACCCAGGGCGACGCUCUGACGUGCAGGAUCCCUUUGUGAUCUCCAGAAGCUGGCUUUGCAAUGAACUGCAGCAAGGACAGAGCGAGGCCCACCUCUAUUUCCGCAUUGUGCUGGACCAGAAGAAGCUGGACGAAGCGCUCGAGAAGGUGCCAUACUUCAGGCUCUUCGGCGCCGACAUUUGCGAGCGCUACUUCAAGCUCUUCAUCCGAGGAGAUGAGUCCUCGCCGAUCAUGUUGGGCGAGCUGGGAGGCUCCGUACGCCCCGACCAGACAGAGAUGGAGUUGACGAGCGUGACCCGAGAGGUGCAAGGCCAUCGCAUCCGGGGCACCAUGGAGACCGUUCCCUGUCUGGACGUGACCUUGACGAAGGCGCAAGAGAGCCAGGGCACCUGGGAGGAGCUGAUUCACACUCAGCAGGAGGUCCUGAACCAGCCUCAAGGCAGCCUCGAAGACUACCAGGUUCAACGGAGCAGGCGUGAGCUCUCACCGGAUCGAUCGGAGUGGACCCCGGAUGACUUUGCUGACGAACAAAAAGAGAAAGCCGAUGCCGCUUUCAAGGAUGCCGCUUACCGCGAUGCCAUCGUGUACUACACACGUGCGUUGCGGCAUACCCCACGGAACGAGAGGCUUCUGUCGAACCGAAGUGCCGCCUACUGCAAGAUCUCCAAAUUUCAGCUGGCUUUAGAUGAUGUGAAGCUGGCCAUGGAGAUCGAGGCCAAGUGGCCGAAGCUCUUCUACCGGAAGGGUCAAGCUCUCCGCGGCCUGCGACGCUGGGAGGAGGCAGUGGAGGCCUUCAGAGAAGGUCAGCAUUUGGAUCCUCAGAAUCCCGAUUGGGACAAGGAGGUGCACCGCACUCUGGCGGCCAAAGAGACUGUCCAGUCGCGGAAGGACGACGUGAAGUGA